GUUGUUCUUGCAAGGCAAGAGAUAAAUGAGGCAUAUUCCCAAUUCUUAAAUUCUUAUCUCUAAUCACUGUCGUAUUAUGUCUUGUUUUAUGUCUUGUAUGUUUUGUCUGCCCACUAAUAACUUUGUCUACGCCCUAGCACAGUGGCGGAAUUAUCUAAAAUAUACUGUGAAUUUUUCUCUGAUUUGAUUCCUAUAUAAUGUAAAGCUGAAAGAUUUUCACGAGACCUUCCAAAGAUCCCAAGAGGUCUAGUACUAUUUCUAAAUUGAAGACAAGUUUAGUCAAUAAAUAUAAAUAAACUGAAGCUUAAAAUGGCUGCUAUUACAUUGUAUUGACAAACACCUUGUUAAUCACCUUCUACUAGAGUAUCAUAAGUUGAAAUCUUGAGAGUCUAUUGACUUAAACAAUAUACAUUAACCAUGUAAAACUAACUAAACUAACAUUAAAACCACUCACAGUCGAUCUCGAAAGAACAAUUAACAUAUCGUAUAAAUUCUCCUUUAGAGCACUCUAUCCUUACCUAGUACGUAAGUUAAAAAUAAUCCAAUCACUGAUAUUGCAUUAACACUAUAUAUAUAUAUAUAUAUAUAUAUUGAGCUUGCGAAUGUGAAUAAGGUUAAGCAAUGAAAGUAGGUUAUAAGAUCAUUUUCAUUAAAACAAUAAUCGUUGACGAUAAACCUAAUAUCGAUAUGGGCAUGAUCGACGUCAAUCUAGUUUUAACCCGAUUGGAGCUAGCUAAAUAUUCGAAGAAUCUAGUUUGGAGCUUGAUACAAAGCAAAUUCGUUUACUUAGGUUGCCCUAUCUUAAAUGAACAUAUCUUCAUGAACGUUUUAGUGGUCGUGUUCAAUGGGCAACAUUCAAUUUACCUGCACUUGCCUUAAAUUGCAACAUCACACAAUUUAAUGGCUAUGACGCCUGCACCGAUUGUAAGGUACAUGCGAUUGCUAUUGGUAAACAAAUUUAUUAUCAAUAUUCUGCUCAGUCAUCUUCACCGAAACCAGAUAAUGAUUAUGUAAUGUCAAGACGAACAACUAAUUCACCGAAAUCAGUUUUACAUGGGGUUACAGAACCAACAACCUUAAUCGAAAUACUAUUAUUUCCUGCACAAAUCCCAAACGAUUACAUGCAUUUAGUCCAUGUGGGACAUUUUAAAACAUUAGUUAAUUAUUGGAAUAAUUUUUUCUUUAUACAAGAUGUAUUUGAUCAACUUUUGCCAUUGAAUCAAUUUUAUCAAUGGAAGCUCAUUCGAACUUCUUCUAUCCCUUGUAUAGCAACCAAUACUCCUCAAUGGUCAACGACGUCGAAUGAAAGAUCUCAGAGACAGGCUAAAACUGUAGAGACUGUCCUUAUAACAGAUGGAUGCGUUGUAGGUGGUAGUACAACAGAACAACGAACGAUCAUCCGUGAUCCUUGUGUUAGUAACUGUGGCGAUGCAUUUUCGGAUGAUGAGUUGAGAUUUUUGACUAUAGCUGGCCCCUUUCAACCUGUGUUAUCACAUUAUCCUGUGAACCAAGAUUUGAAGAGUAAAGGGCAGACGUGUAAAUUCGCUGCAAAAUGGUUUGAAGAAUUUCCUUAUUUGGAAUAUAGUAUUAUCAAGAAUGCAGCUUUUUGCUUUGCUUGUCGUCUGUUUGGUUCGGGACCGGGAGCAGAACAAUCGGAAAAAGCAUGGGUGAUUGAUGGGGUAUCCAACUGGGGUAAGAUGAAAGGUCGUGGUAAAGACAAAUUAGGCAAGUUGGCUCAACAUUUUCAAUCAAUAUCGCACACCGCAGCUUUAAAUCGUUUAUCGAACUUCAAUAGAAAAACCACUAAUGUUGAUUUAAUGGUUGAUACUAACAGAAAAAAAGCUGAUCAACAACGUGCAGCUCUGAUGAAAUAUAACCAAACGGUUGUGUCCAAAUUGCUCGAUAUUUCGCGAUUUCUUUGUCGUCAAGGCUUGGCUUUUCGGGGCAGUAUUGAACGGAUUAGCCCGUCGAAUUACAUCUCCGUAACGACUGAUUCGACCCCAGAUGUUUCUAAACGGGAGAUGUAUUCUAUCAUUGUACGUUUUGUCAGGAAUUUUGAAAUUGAAGAACGUCUGGUCGAAUUCGAUGAACUAGCAUCGAAGGUUGAAGCAGAUAUUGUUAGCUUUAUGCUAAACUCGUUUAGAAAAUUCAAAAUUGAUACAUCCAAAAUAAUUGGACAUAGUUAUGAAGGUGCAAAUAAUAUGACGGGUGUAAACAUUGGUGCUAAAACUUUGUUGAACCAAGAACUGAGUUCAAAAUUAAUAUUCAUUCCAUGUGGUGGUCAUAAAUCAAAUAUCGGUAUGUUCGUUUAUACAUGGAUCGAUAGAUAG